ACUGGUUAUUUCUCUCUUUUAUCGUGUUUAAACUAGGCAUAGAUAGUAUUUAAAUUACUGCAUGAAGUGUUAUGUUAUUAUAAUUUACUGCAUUUUGCAUACCAGAAUGUUGAAAUUACAUAUAUUAAAUUUAUAAAAUUUUAUUGUACCCACAUUUCUCGCAAAUAAACGUUUCUUUUUUCUUUCUAACAGUAGCAAGCAAAACAACUUAUCACCUACAUAAUCACUAAUUUUUAAAAACCUUUUUUUAUCAGCAUCGGUUUUCUGGCUAAGCGGACGAAGUCGUGGGCAACAGUUAGUCAAGUAUUUCACGAGUUUUAAAAUGUUAAAGCCAAAAUUGUUUACAUUUAGGUAUGUAUGUUAGCAAGUAGGUAAUUGGAAUAUAGUGGUUCAGUACGUUACGAGUUUACGAGUAAGUUAUGUAAAAUAAAUGUAUAAACUAUCCCAAUAUUAUUCGUGCCAGAUAACCAUACCAUAAUAACUACUAAUAAGGUAGGUGCCUACCUACCAAAUCAAAAUGAACACUAGCUCAAAUCUGUUGAAUUAAAAAUUUAACAAUGAUAAUAAGGUCAAAGACCACGUCGGGAGGCUAGAUAUGAGCAGGCGCGCCGCGUGGCGAGCGCUUGUCACUGGGAGCUUCGCGCCACGCUUGCUUGCCUGCGGUAUGGAUGAACAACACAAGUGACGCGAUUUACUGUCUUGUAAGUGCGGAUCGUGUUGUAUUGACCAUAUUAAUUUACAAAACAUUAGCUAAAUACCCAUUACUUAUCUAUUUAUGUUCAUGAAACAGGACGUAAUAUUAACUAACACGCCGUCGUGUUUAUUAUUACAGCAUGUAGUUUAUAAUGUUAUUUAUGUUUAUUAUGCGAUCCAUAAUGACUGUACAGCAUUAAAUUAUCAAGUUCCGUAUAGUAUACGUCACUUCCCGUCGUCAACGACAGUUUCCUGUAGCUUUGUCUCUUUCACCCACUCAGGCGCAGCUGUCAUACGAUAAUGUCAAUGUCAGUCAGUCACUUGUGACGUUAGCUUGCUCACGUAUUGUUGGUAACAUUGAAAGGCGUAAAGCCGGUGCCGAGUGGAAAGUACAUUAAUGUAAAUAGUGCGAGCGCGAUGUCUGGCUGGGUGGUGUGGUGGGCCGCGCUGUGCUGCGCGGGCGGCGGGCUGGCGGGCGGCGGGCUGGGCGCGCAGGCGGGCGCCUGGCUGGGCGCGCCCGCCGCCUUCGACGUGGAGAGCGAGGUGCUGCUCAACGACGUCAGUCGCAGCCACGCCGACGUCAGCUACCGCAUCCGCUCCGCGAUGUCCGUCGAGCCUAUUUGGGCACAGCCGCCCGAACAAUUCCUGCUCAAAUUUACGUUACAAUCUCCUAAACUGUAUUUGAAAGGCAAACAUGUCAAUGCAGAUUUUAUGCCAUAUGAGUCGGUUUGGGAUUCAUAUACCCAUUCGGUGUUCUAUGGACAUUGGAGUAAGGGUCUGAUAACUGACGCCUAUGUGGACCCAAGUGAGCUCCCGGAUGUCAUCAAUUAUAAGAAGGCUUUACUGAGCCUCUUCCAGUUUCAAGCAUUGGAGGGCAGAUAUAAUGAGACCGAUGUGUCCGGUCCCUGUAACAUUCUCUAUGAGACCAUAUCGAAAGAGGUGUUCCGAAAGAUCAAGACGGAGUGCGCGAGUGACGGCGGCGGCGUGGUGCGGGGCGCGCGGCGAGUGGCGCGCUACACGCUGAGCGAGGCCGGGGGCGCGGGCGGGGGCGCGCUGCGUGAGCUGCACGCCGAGGAGCUGCUGGUGCUGGGCCACGCGUCGCUCGGCCUGAAGGCGCGCAGCUGGCACCGCCUGCGCGCGCGCGUCCCCGCCGCGCCCCCGCGCCCCCGCGCGCCACGCUGGACGCCGCGCUGCGGGAGCUGGGCGCGGCGCAGCCCACGCCGCUGGAGCUGGCCGCGACCCCGGCCGAGCAGGAAGAGGAUUUGGAGACCGCGCUGUUGGAAGAGGAGGCUAACGGAGCGCUGCGGAGCGAGGGAUCCGGCGAGGGGGGGCGCGCCACACACGCGCUCGCCGCCGCGCGCCUGCUGCCGCUGCUCAGGGCCGCGCCCGCCGCGCGACUGCUGCAGCUGCUGCGCGACCCGCGACUGCAGGACCAGCUGUGCGUACACACCGCCCCUCCCCCCGCCCUCGCCCGCGGCAAGCGUAACGAGUGUUCUGUGCAGGCCCGGACUGUGCCGGCUGCUGGGACUGACGGCAACGCGCGCCGCGCACGCCGCCGCCGCGGACUUCCUGCAGCUGGCGAGCCGCGACCCUCUGCGCGAACUCGCUCACGUGUACCUGGCCGCCUUCGCCAUGGCCUCCGCGCCCGAUGAGGCCAGCGUGCUGGAGCUGCUGCGGCUGGGCGAGGAGGGCCGCGCCGCCGACGUGGCGGAGAGCGCGCUGCUGGCCGCCGCCGCCGCCGCCGCGCGCGCGCCCGCCGCCGCGCCCCCGCUGCGGGACGCGCUGCUGCGCGCCCUGCCGCGCUGCAAGGACGAGGCCUGUCGCGCGCUGCGCCUGCGCGCGCUCGCCAACCUGCGCCCGGCGGACGCGGCCGACCUGCUGCUGCAGCACGCCGAGCGCGCGGCCGGGCCCGCCGCCGCCGCCGCGCUGGACGCGCUGGGCGCCGCGCCCGCCGCCGCGCUGGGCCACGCGCGCCUGGAGCGCCUGGCCGCGCUGGCGCUGCGGGAGCGCGCGCCGCUGGAGCUGCGCGCGCAGGCGCUGGACCUGCUGGUGCGGCGCCGCGCCCCGCUGCCCGCGCCGCUGGCGGGGCUGGCGCACGCGCUACACACGCGCGGCCCGCACGAGCUGCGCCGCCUGCUGUGGCAGCGCAUGGCGGCGCUGGCGCCCGCGCACGCCGAGCUGCGCCGCCUGCCCGCGCUGCUGGAGCCCGAGCUGCGCGGCUGGGACGCGCAGGCGCACGCGGGCACGUCGGCGGUGCUGGCGCGGGACACGGGCUGGGCGCUGGGCGGCUGGCGCAGCGAGCUGCAGUCCGUGCAGGUGGCAAAGGACGGCCUGCUGCGCCGCGGCUCUGUGUUGCUGAAGGCUGCGGAUCCCGCUAAUCGCACUUACGAUGUCUUGGCUGUGGAGGUGUGGACCCGUGGACUGCAGGCUUUCGGCGGCGGGGAGCAAGUCGAGGGCGAGCCCGAGGAGGAGCCUGCCGCCGGGCUGGCGCUGGCCGUGGGCGGCGUGCGCCUGCGGGAGCUGCCCCUGUUCAGCGGGCAGGCCGAGCUGCUGGGCCACGUGUGGGCGGGCACGGCCAGCGCGCCCACGCCCGCCCUGCGCGCGCUGCUGCCGCUGCUGCAGGAGAGCUGCGACGUGCCGCUGCUGGGCGGCGCGCGCCUGCGCGGGCGGCUGGGCGGCGCGCUGGCGCUGGCGCUGGACGCGGCGGCGCAGGCCUCGCUGUGGCGGCGCAGCGCGCGCGCCUCGCUGCGGCUGCGCGCCGGGCUGGGCGUGCGCGCGGCGGCCGCGGUGGCGCCCGCGUGGGGCCGCCUGCGGGCGCGCGCGCGGCUGCGCCUGGAGCCGCGCCUGCGCGUGGCCGCGGACCUGGACUUCUACUCGGGCGUGGCGCUGUGCGUGCGCGCCCGCGUGGAGCGCGCGCUGCUGCGGCGCCGCGUGACGCUGCACUCGCGGCUCGGCGGCCGCGCGCUGGCCGUCACGCGCCGCCGCGCCGAGGCCACGCGCCGCGAGGGCCGCACGCUGUCGCUGGGCCGCGCCAACGACGUCACGUGCCGCACGCUGCUGGAGGCCGACGACCCCGACGACCUCGACGACCUCGACGACCUCGACGACCUCGACGACCCCGACGCGCCCGACGACGCCCAGUAGACCACACGCUACGCUAUGGAUGAGCUGCUGCUGGAAAGACUGCAUUUAACUAAAGAUCUGAUACUAAAUAACAAAAUAAUAAUUCUUAAGUAAAUGUUACGCUUCUGAAACCAAUUUAUUAUUUUUACAAUUUUAAUAAAUGAUAAUUAUUAUUA